GGGUUGCGUAGGGUCCGCCGGGCCUUGCGCGGCGGAGCUCGCCCGCCCGGGCGCCGGGGCACGGGCGGGGCGGGGUGGUCCCACCCCCGCGGGCGGAGCCGGCUCCGGUCGACAAGAUGGCGGCGGGCCUGAGGGCGGUGAGGCGCUGGGGGCUGGUGGCGGCAGCACCGCCGAGCCUUGCUUUUACUCGUUCUGCGUUUGUUGCAACAAAAGCAAAUAAUGCCCAACCGAACUGGCUGGGAGUUGGCUUGGCGUUUAGCACCAGUGCUGCCCUGUGGGCUUUUCUCAUCAAGCAGCAUAAUGAGGAUGUAAUGGAAUAUGAAAGAAGAAAACAAGCAAGAGGACAUAAAUGUACAGGAUGCUCAUAG